AUGCGUCACUGCAGCGGGCUGCCGCAGAAGGCGAAGGCGCUCAAGUCGUUGCUGCGCUCCAAGGAGCUGUCCUUUCUGAUGGAGGCGCACAACGGCCUCUCCGCACGCAUCGUGGAGGAGGCGGGCUUCAAGGCCAUUUGGGCAUCCGGUCUGUCAAUCUCCGCGCAGUUGGGCUUCCGCGACAACAACGAGGCGAGCUGGACGCAGGUGUGCGGCGUGGCGGAGUGCAUGAGCGACGCGACGCACGUCCCCAUCCUGCUGGACGCCGACACCGGAUACGGCAACUUCAACAACGCGCGACUGCUGGUGCGCAAGCUAGAGAAGAUCGGCGUGGCCGGCGCCUGCGUGGAGGACAANGCGCGACUGCUGGUGCGCAAGCUAGAGAAGAUCGGCGUGGCCGGCGCCUGCGUGGAGGACAAGCUCUUCCCCAAGACCAACAGCCUGCUCGACAAGAGCAAGGCACAGCCGCUCGCUGACGUGCAGGAGUUCGCGCUGAAGAUACGCGCCAUGAAGGACACACAGACGGACGACAACUUCUGCGUCGUCGCGCGCGUCGAGUCGUUCAUCGCCGGCUGGCCGGUGGAGGAGGCGCUGCGGCGCGCCACGGCGUACGCAGAGGCCGGCGCCGACGCGGUGCUUGUGCACAGCAAGCGGAAGGACUCGGCCGACAUCGACGCCUUCAUGGCCCACUGGGACUACGGCAAGGCGCCGGUCGUUAUUGUGCCCACCAACUACGCCGGCGUGCCGUGUGCGCACUUCCGCGACAUCGGGAUUAGCAGCGUCAUCUGGGCGAACCACAACCUGCGCUCCUGUAUCACCGCGAUGCAGGCGACGACGCGGGUGAUACAGGAGCAGGAGUCGGUGGCGGUGGUGGAGAAGGCGAUUGCGCCCGUCAAGGAGGUGUUCCGUCUGCAGCGGCUGCCCGAAUACCUAGAGGCGGAGGAGGCGUACCUGCCGAAGCAUUAA